GUUAUAAAUAAAUUGGAGCUCAAUUUAACAUAACCUUUUUGAUUAAUCUAUUAAACAAUAUAUUACGACCAAUGAAUAUUAAUUAAUUUCAAAAAUGAUUUAUGAUUUUUUUAGUCAUUUUAAUUAUUUUUCAUUGUAUUAUGCUGGUUGUGUGAUAACAACAUUUAUUGUUUUGAUAUUAACAAUAAUUGUUAAUAAAAAAUUACAAUCAUCAGUGGAUCCAGUUGAAAAUAAAAAGAAGCAAGAUGAUGAAGAUGAAAAUGACUGGUCAUCAAACGAGCCAGGACUUCAGGCUCGUUAUAAACGAGCAAAAUUAAAAUCUUAUAUUCCACCAGAUUUAACUAAUGAACAAUUAACACAAGAAAAAAAAUCAGAGCUGGAAUCAUUGGCUGCAAUUUAUGAAUUACUCAAAGAACGUAGUGAUAUUUAUCCUGAUGCAACAAUGAAUGAUUUAAAACAUCAAUUAAAUUUAUAUAAACCUGAUGAAUAAUUGGAAAUUCAUUAUUUAAUUAUAAACAAAGUCUUUUAUAUUUAUAUAUUUAUACUAAUGUAUUAUUAAAUUUACAAAGAGACACUCUUAAUUAUUGUCCAUGCUAAUGUUGUGAUUGUUUUGACUUUUGAUCUGAUAUUUAUGUUUACACUUGCUGUCAAAAAAAAAAAAAAUAAUAAAUAAAUAGUCAUGUGGCAGCAGCAAAAACAUCAGAUGACAUAACCUAACCUACAUAUACAUAGAGACAGACAAAAAAAAAAAUUGACAACAAAUAACAACAAUCAAUAUUUAAUAACAAAUAAUAUUUACUAAAUUAUUUUAACAAAAAUUUAAAUUAAAUAAAAUUCAUAAUAUUUAAUAUUUUAAAUUGUCAUUGUUAUUAUUAUCAACAUCAUCAACAACAUCAUGUAUUGAUAAUGAAAUGAAACACAAAUAGACUCCAUGACGGCCGCCGAACAUUUUAUAAGUUUAAUAACAGUAGCAAGUGCAAAAAAAUUAGCAGCUUUACUUGUUGCUUGUUUUAUAUUUUAUCAUGGACUUAUACAUCUCAUAUAUGGAAGUGAUUCUUGCAAGUGGCUAUUGGAGGAAGGUCGUUACAAGGGUGAUAAAGAAUGGCAACCAUAUGGAUGUAUGAUGCACAGAUAUACACAAACUGACAGCAGAAGAUGUCUACGUUAUCGUGCAUUUAUGGGACAUAAAAAUAAUUUUGUAUUUGUUGGUGAUACGAGGAUUCAUCAAUUGUACAAAUCAUUUGUUGCUCAAUUUACAAUUGACGGUAAAACAUACUCUGAUCCAAUUGAUUUUUCACCAAAAGUUGAUCUUAAUUUUAAUGAUAUCCAGUUGGGAUUGAAGGUUGAAUUUUUAUGGAGGCCAAGAGUCAAUGAUGACAUGGUUAAUGAUUUUAAAAAAUGGAUGGAUAAUGAUGUUGAUGAUGAUAAUGUACCGUCAAUGAUUGUUGCUGGUGCUGCUGCACAUGACAUACUGGCUUAUAAUUCAAGUGAUGAUAUUUUGUACAAUGAAUAUAGCACAGAAAUUGUCAAGAUUAUUCAACCAGCUGAAAAGUUGAAUAAAAAAGGUACACUAUUUAUUUGGAUGAUGCAAGAUCCAGUUAUCAAAGAAACACUACCACCACAUUUGACAAAUAUUGAUAAUAGCCAAAUAAAUAUAUGUAAUCGUGUUGCAAAUGAAAUUUUAUCACACAAUGGUGUACAUAUUUGGGAAAGUAGUAGAUUAAUUGGUGAAGGUGUACUUGAACAAAGUCCAGAUGGUUAUUUAGCAAGUCCACAUUCAAUAAGACAUAAAAUACAAAUAUUAUUAAACAGUCAUUGCAAUGAUUACAUGAAUUUUGGUGAUGGUACAUGUUGCAGCAGCCCAGAGGCAGCAACAACACUACAAUUAUUUACUCUAGUAACAUUAAUUAUUUUUAUUUCAAUUGGUUUAUGUAUUUGUUUGUACAGAAAAAUAUUCAAUAGAUAUGAUUUUUUUUAUACAAGAAUUACUGAAAGCAAUAAUAAUCCUCAAGAAAUUGGAGGAAAUGAGGAAGAUGAGCAAGAACAAGAAGAAGAGGGACAACAAGAAAAUACUAAUUUACAAAUAUUACAAAAUAAUAAUAAUAAUAAUGAUGGUGAUGAUGAUGAAGAAGCACAACAAUUACCAAUUCAAUCAUCACAAAAUUUCAAUACACUGAUAACAUCAAUUGCAAUAUUUUCAGCAAUAUUAUCAUAUUUUUAUUUAUGUGAUAGAACAAAUUUUUUCAUGAAAGAAAAUAAAUAUUACAGUGAAUUUAGUUUUUGGCUACCACUUGGUUAUAUACUUGCACUUGGUUUAUUUUUUACUGAAGAUUGUGAACGUGGACCAAGAGCAUUAAAUCGUGAACAAACAGAUGAAUGGCGUGGAUUAAUGCAAGCUGUUGUACUUAUUUAUCAUGUUACUGGUGCCAAAAAUGUAUUACCAAUUUAUAUGCAUAUACGUCUUAUUAAUUCAGCAUAUUUAUUUUUAUCUGGUUAUGGACAUUUUUGUUAUUUUUGGCAAACUGGUGAUGUGUCAUUGAUACGUUUUGCAAGGGUACUUUUUAGAUUAAAUUUAUUGACAGUUUGUUUAUGUUUUUCAAUGAAUAGACCAUAUCAAUUUUAUCAUUUUGUACCACUUGUAUCAUUUUGGUUUUUAAUUGUAUUUAUCUUGGCAUGGUUACCACCAAGAGUUUAUUCUGGUAGUAUUGUUGAGUAUGGCUCUGCUCGUGCAUUACUAUACUUGUCAUUAAAAUUAUUGAGUCUUGUUUUUAUCAUAACAAUUUUCUACAUGUCUGAGGUUUUUUUUGAAAAAGUAUUUGUUACUAGACCAUGGAAAGCUCUUUUUGUAACAACUGAUGAUGAUAUUAGUGAAUGGUGGUCACGAUGGAGAGUUGAUAGAUACAGUGUUACAUAUGGUGUUGCAUUUGGUGCUGGACUUUUGAUACUUCAACGGAUUGAUCAUAUACCUGGAAGUAUAUUGGCACCAUUUUUUGCUAUUAUUUCACUAGCAGCUUAUACAAUAUUCACAUUAAUAUGUGUGUCUGCUGCUGAAUGUGAAGAAAUACAUUCUUAUAUUGUUUUUGUACCGAUUGUUGGAUAUAUUGUGUUGAGAAAUUCAACACUUGCAUUGAGAGGUAAAUACUCAGUUUUACUUGCUGGUCUUGGUCGAAUAAGUCUAGAGACAAUUGUCAGUCAAGGACAUGUUUGGCUUGCUGCUGAUUCACAUGGUGUUCUUGUACUACUUCCAAGAUUUCCAGUUUUAAAUUUACUUGUCUCGUCAUUUAUUUUUAUAUGUGCCAGUCAUGAGAUUCACAGAUUAACAACAGUUUUAACAGCCUAUGUUGUGCCAAACGAUUGGAAAUUAGUUGCUAGAAAUCUCAUUUUAUUUAUUGCAUUUUUAGUGCCAAUUGGUAUUUAUGAUGGAAUGUUUUAAAAAACAGUGUCAAUAUAGUCAUUUAUUAUUAUUUUUUUGUACUAUUUUAAUUUAUUAAAUGUAAAUACAUUUAAAUAAAAAAAAAACAAAACAAA